AUGCAAGAUGAAAUUGACACUAAAGCUCUGGCAUAUGCCCAGAGACGUGAAGGAAGAUGCUUAGGCAAAGUUAGUCCUAAUACAUAUUUAUGGUCAUGUAAAAAGGGUCAUCAAUGGGAGGCGCCAUAUAAAAAAAUGAAACAGAAUUACAGAUGGUGUAAUAUUUGCCCCAAUGUACCAGAAAGAACAUGCCGGUAUAUAUUCGAAGAUUUAUUACAUAAAAAAUUUCCACUCCGAAAACCUAAAUUCUUGGAGGGUUUACACCUAGAUGGAUACAAUGAAGAGCUAG